CAGAUAUUGCCAGCAAAACCACAAUAUGAUUGAGAAGUCUCAGGACCAGAUCGAGACUCGACUAUUCAUCAACGGAAAGUUCCAACCAUCCUCAGAUGGAAAGACCUUCACCGUGACCAACCCUUUUACGCGUGAACCAGUUGCCAAUGUCUUUGAGGCCAGCGACGCAGACGUAGACAACGCCGUCGCAGCAGCCAAGGCCGCAUUCCCAGCAUGGAGAGACCUCUCGCCCGCAGAUAGAGGCAAGUACCUCCACAGAAUCGCCUCCCUGAUCCGCGAACACGAGGAAGAGUUUGCCCGUCUGGAGGCAGUAUCUUCUGGGAAGCCGGUCUCCAGGUACGUCGAUGCAAGCGUAGCCAUCGACGCAUUCUCCUAUUUCGCUGAGGCAGGCUGGACGGUCCAAGGAACCUCCAGCUGGAACACAUCCGGUCACCUCAACAUAACUUCAAAAGAGCCGUAUGGGGUGGUAGCUUCGAUUAUCCCGUGGAAUGUCCCACUUGCCUUCUUUGGCAUCAAGAUUGCUCCUGCGCUGGCAGCGGGAAACACGAUCGUCUUGAAGCCCAGUGAGAAGGCGCCUUUGACUUGUCUUCUAGGAGCCAAGCUCCUCGUCGAAGCCGGAUUCCCGCCGGGAGUGGUAAACGUCCUCUCAGGCCAUGGGCCGACCACCGGCGCUGCGUUGUCCUCACAUAUGGACGUGCGCUGUCUCAGCUUCACAGGCUCCUUACUCACUGGUCGGAAGAUUCAGACGGCUGCCGCUCAGUCCAAUAUGAAGACAGUGCACCUGGAACUAGGUGGCAAAGCUCCCGCGAUUAUAUUCCCCGAUGCGGACCUCGAGGCCGCAGCCGCGCAGACCCAGUUCAGCGUGCAUAUAUUCAGCGGACAGACCUGCAUUGCAAACACGCGCAUCUACGUGCAUGAGUCUGUAGCGGAGAAGUACACCGCGCUGUUCAAGGGUAUGUUCGGCGCUGCUGUGCUGGGGGAUCCGCUGGACAAGGAGACGACCCUCGGGCCGCAGGUGGACAAGAUCCAGUAUGAGCGCGUCAAGUCGUAUAUUUCCACCGCCGAGAAGGAGGGUGCUGUGACGCUGGGUGGUGAUGCCAAGGAUGGGUAUUUUAUCAAGCCGACUGUCUUCGAGAAUAUGCCCGAGAAGUCACAGAUCAUGAAGGAAGAGGUGUUUGGACCGGUGGUGGUCAUCAAUACGUUCAGGACGGAGGACGAGGUGAUCCGGAAAGCCAAUGAUACUGAGUUUGGAUUGUAUGCCUCGGUGUUCACGAAGGAUAUCGAUCGCGCUGUGCGAGUGUCCAAAUUGCUCGAGGCUGGAACCGUCGCCGUCAAUUGCACGAGCCCGUUGAUGCCGAAGGAUAUGCCGUUCGGCGGGUUCAAGGAAAGCGGAACUGGUCGGGAGAGUUUCUUGCAUAGCAUGGAGAGUUAUCUCGAAACCAAAGCAGUCUUGAUCAAAAUUGGCUCGUAAUGGUUACCGGUGGAUGGGCGAUGCUGAUGGUUGUCAUGGGGUGAGGAGAACGGGAACGAGACCGAGGACUGGGAGGGGAAGAAGAAUGC